UUCAGAGUAGUUAGUCGAACGCUGUAAAUAUGUACGAAUGAAAACAAUAUCAGAAAUAAGUUUUAUUAUGUAGUGCAUAUUCAGAAAUGAUGUAGUCGUGGUAGCUACUUUGAUUUUUUUAUUUUUUUCAAAAAAUUCACGUUAGAAUGUAAAAAUUAAACAUGGAUUAUUCUAAUUUACAUCCGGAUUCGGGUGAAGAUUUUUGGAGCAAAAAUUAUAAUUUAUCUGAUAAUUCUGGCACCAAACCGAAAUUCAAGUUUCCUGCACCGCCAAGGAUAUCAAAAAGCGCGAAUAACACGUUCUGUUCGUCGAAUUCCGAUAGUUCAAAAUCAAGUACCAACAGUUUAUAUUGCAACAGAAGUUUCAAUCUAACAAAGAAAAAACAGAAAUUCAAAACGAAAAGAUUACCACCGUUGGGUAUAUACUGGGACAUCGAAAACUGCCAAGUACCUAAAAAUAAAAGUGCGGCUGCCGUGGUGAAGAGAAUAAGAGAAGUUUUUUUAGAUAAUUACAGGGAAUCGGAAUUCGUGGUGGUUUGCGAUGUUAGGAAAGAAAGUUCGCAAGUUAUACAGGAACUUCAUGACGCCCAGAUAAUGUUGUUGCACGUUUCGUCUACAUCAAAAAACGCAGCCGACGAUAAAUUGAGACAGGCUUUAAGGCGUUUCGGGGAAUUACAUCCUCCACCGUCCGCAGUAGUUUUAAUCUCCAGUGAUAUAAAUUUCGCAUCCGAUCUCUCAGAUCUCAGAUAUAAAAGAAAAAUACGAGUGACUCUGGUGCAUAACGUAAACGUGGCAGACGCUUUGAUUUUAUGCGCUAAUGAACAUCAUUCUUUCACGGAAUUGAUGAAGGAUUUGCCCGCUAACUUACAGAAGUUUCCACCUAUAUAUAAUGAACCCCUUUAUUUAGAUGUUACGAAUCUUCCUAGGAACAUCGAAGUGAUGAAAAUAAAAAAUAGACUUCGUAUAGUGACGGAUAAUUGUGGUGGGAAAGUGCACAGGAUCAAAAUUUCAGAUGGAACCGCCGUCAUCAAGUACAAUAAUAUAGAUGACGCAAUCAGGGCUCAAAGGAGGAUUCAGGGGGAGGAUGUGUUUGGUAAUAAGAUAAAAGUUUCUCCGGCUAUCAGGAAUUUUGCAGGUCAAAAAAUUAGAAAUCUCGAUCAUUAUCAAUCGUAUGAUGCUUCUCUUCCGCCGCCCCCGGGCUUUACUUCGGACUGUCAAAAUUCUUACAUGAACGGGAGACAUUCAAGAGAAAUUAAAAAACCGCAGAAUACCAGCAAUCAGCAAGUACAACAGUUGGUAGACGCGUGCGCCUUCCGUCCCAUCCGAGGUGCUUCGUCUGUAUAUCCAAUGGAAAUGAGUUACGACAACUCAUGGUGGGGUAAAAAAACAAACGAACGCAGAAAUACGCCUCAAGAUCAACUGUUGAACGCUGUUAGUAAUUUGCAGGGGCGUAAUCACGAAAGUAGCGGCAGCUCAGAAUACACUAGUGAUGAAUUUAGGGCUGGGUAUUCAAGUGAAACCGAUGGAAAGAAUUUUCAUUCGAAUCAACCGGUCGAUCUGAUCAUAUCGAAUUUGGAUCCGACAAUAGAACCAAAGGAACUCAAAAGGGCGUUAACAAAUAUGCUCAAAGAAUACGCUAUGAUAUUAAGCUUGAACAUUACGGUACAAAACGAUGGUACUCCUAUAGCUAAUAUCAGGGUAAACGGACAAAGGGAAGCCCAAUUUACGAUUUCCCAAUUGCACCGACAGAAAUUGGGUCACAAAAGAAUAAUCAUAUCAUAUGCUCAAAGCAGUUCCCCGUAUCCCGAAGAACUCAAAGCUAUGGUUAUAGAGCUUCUACAGGAAGUACCCGACAAAGGCAUGCCACUAUUUAAAUUUAUCAAUUUAUUGGAAUCUCGUUAUCAUUGCACCGUAUCGGUAUCUGAAGUGAAUAAACUGAAAGAUAUAUGUAAAAUAACGGAUUCGUUGGGAUCCAGAAUUAUUUCAUUGAAUCAAGAAAUGAAAACUUCUCCUCCUCCCCAUUUAUCUAGGACUUUCGCUCAAUAUUGCACUGUACAUUGUCCGAAUGGUGUUCAAACUAGAGGUUGGUGUGAAUUGAGUAUAAUUCAAACCCCAAACGUGAAAAUACCCCUAAAAUUAUUCUCAAACAAAUUAUUAUCAUUGUUAAAAUUACAUAUGGACGUUAUGCAUCUUUUAAGUUUUCAAGCUUGUUACGAACAAGAAUUUCAUGAACCUCUACCAGUGUAUGAUGGAGGAGUACCACUCGAACACCUAGUCACUUGCGUACCAAAUAUUGAUAUUAAAUUGGUGGGACCGAAUAAAAACAUUAAAAUAAUUAGAUACGCCGACAAUAAGAAUGAUGAAAACGAAGAAGAUGCCGUUUUGAAAUCAGUUUCACCCCAUUUGGCGCCUAAUAUUACCUUGUUAUGUCGAGAACUUAUUGAUUUGUUAAAAACCCAAGACAGGUGUCAAUUACUCAUGAGUAAAUUCAUACCAGCUUAUCAUCAUCAUUUCGGAAGACAGUGUCGCGUCGCCGAUUACGGUUACACUAAAUUGUUGGAUCUUUUUGAAUCUAUACCGCAUAUCAUACAAAUUUUAGGUGACGGUACCAGACGAACCAUAACCUUAACCCAUUCCGCUCAAAUGCGCCGUUUCACCUCGGAUUUGCUACGCGUUCUCAAAGUACAACCAGCCAAACAGAUAACGCUAACAGAUUUCCCUUCAGCUUACGAAAAAGUAAUCAACAAACCGUUCAACGCAGUCGAAUAUGGUCUAUGUACAUUCGAAGAUCUACUACACGAAGUAUCCGAAAACACUGUGGUGGUUAAUCAGAACGAUAACGGGGAGUACGUCAUAGCCGUACCUAAAAGGGAACAAACCGCAGAAGAAAUAAUGAGAACCAAACAGUUCGCUUCAGAAGUUAUUGAUUUACUCAGGCAUUCGACUUACUACACCAUGUUUUUCAAUAAAUUCGUACCCGCCUACCAUCACCAUUUCGGGCAUCAAUGUAAAGUGUCCAAUUAUGGUUUCACCAAACUUAUAGAACUGUUUGAAGCCAUUCCGGAAGUGGUGAAGAUCGAAGAAUUAUCCGAUGGAGAACGAACUGUUAGUUUAACAUUACCUCAAGCUUUGAAAGUUUUGGGUAGUCAGAUAGUACAAAUAAUAAAAUCGACACCACAAUCGUCUUUGGCUUUGAAUGAUCUACCUAAGGCUUAUUUAACUGAAUUCGGGUAUCCUUUGGAACCUAAUUUGUACGAAUGCACUUCUGUAUCGGAAAUAUUAACAAAACUUACGGAUUAUGUUCAGGUAGUCAACAGUAAUUCCGGAUUAUUUUUGGUUGCUAUAGAAAUAGACACCAUACCGAAUAUUCUAACCAUAAGAUGUUGGGCUUUAUUAUUAAAACCGCCACAUUAUAUGGAUAUGGAUACUUUCCGAUACGAAUAUCAAUCUAGGUACAACAGUUCUUUUUCCUUGGAUGGAUUACAACAAAUCGGGAACGUAAUUUCGGUAUCAUCUAAUGAUGAUUCGAAUUACAUAUCCUUGACGAACUUGUACAUCCUAGCCGCGCAACUGUAUCACGUUAUAUACAAAAACGGCGGUAGCGUUUUGUAUUUUAAUUUGGAAAAAUUGUAUCAGGAACAUUACGGGAAAGUUUUGAAAUUUAGUUCAUAUCAAAUUUAUACGGUGGCGGAUUUUUAUAAUCAUUUCAAUUUGAUGUUUUUCAUAAAGAGUAGGAAAAUGAAAAGCAUCGUAUUGCUCAAUAGGAAUUUGGCAGAGCAUUUUGUACCUUUACCGCCGUCCAUGUAUAAAUCGGGGGAUGUAGUGGAGAAAAAUGAGAAUUCUAGUAGUUGGCCGCCACCGCCUCCGUUUGUAUUAGUUCCUAUCACGCAUAAAAGACCCUGUCCGCCCAAACCGGAUACUCCACCAUCACCGGAUAACAACCCUUGGAACUUGUGGUCGUUAAAUUCCCCUUUCGAUAAUCGCAAAAGUUUAUCUAUCAAAAUGCCCAUUAUACAAAAUCCUAAAUUACUCGGGGAUCCUUACACUUUAAUAUCCCCGGCUCGGCACCUUUUACCCUCGUUAAAAUAUUUAUGGGGUUGUAAUAAUUUGCCAUCGGUAUCGUCGCCGGAUCCCACAGAAUUACCCAUACCCGAUAAAUUGAUGUUGAAAGGUGGCAUCGCUGACGAUUCCGCUGAUUCCGGCGUCAAUAUCAAACUCGAUAAUUCACCUUCGGAUGCAGAAAAUGAAGCAGGUUCUUCGAAUAUGUGUGAAAAUGGGAAACCAUCUUUCGCAACAUUAUUAGAUUUCACCGAUUAAAAUUAUCCAGUGAUUUAACACGCACAAAUUUGGGCAUUUUAAUAAUAAUAAUGAUGAAAAUCUCAAUGUACUUAAAAAACAAAAACAAAUUAUUUUUAUCGAAAUGUGUAUCUUCGGAAAGUAGAUUAUAAUAUUUUUAUUAAAAAUAUUAUUGUGGUACAGAUAUUAAAAAAAUGAAAAUUUCAAUUUUUAGGGAAUAAAUUGUAAAAAAACACCCUUUAUAUUGUCGAGUAGAGUUUUAGCUAAAUGUUUUUAUAUAUUUCAAAAAGAUACGUUACGUUUCUUAAAAAAAAAUAAAAUAAUCUCGUUCAUAGUUGAAUUAUUAUUUUAGGAACCGCGCAGUGAUAUAUAUAUAUAUAUUUUUUUUUGAAAAAACUUGGUAUCUUUUUGGAUAUUACAAAAAUCAAUAUCGUGGUCCAUGAUAACGGUCGAUUUUAAAAUUAUUACAAUUUUUAUUCGUGCCAAUUAACGAAUAAAAAUUGUUUUUCGUAGUGAUUUAAUUAGUAUCUCUAAAUUAUAAAAAUUGUAUCGCGUUUUUUUUUCAAUUGUGUUUAAAUUUUUGCUAUAAAUAACGAAAGUUGGUGUACACUUAUCUUGUAUCUGAUGAUUUUAGUCCUUAUCACUAUAAUAGUGUGCUUAUGUGACAUCAAACACUUUUUGUCAGUGUAAAAUUUUUUAUUCGAUUUUGAUUGUUUUUUAAAAUGUUGGUUCCUCUUUUUUCAAUAUUUUUACAAUACAAAAAACUUUUUUUGAAUAAUUUUGUUUUUAUCUUGUUGUUUUCCAAUUCCCUUUAUUUGAACCCUACUUUAUUUUUUUUUAUUCAAAACUAAAUUUUCGUUUUUAUUUCAUUUAUUCCUGAUUUAAUCUUCAUUAUUUUCUUUAUAAAACGAUCUUUAAUGUUGAUGAAAUUUCUUAAAGUGUCCUUGAAUAAAUUUUCUUCAAUUUUAAUCAUUUCUAAUCGUUCCAUUUUUGUUUUAGGUAUUCUCUUUCAGUCCUUGCACUUUUAUUUUCACUAAAAUCUCAUUUUUUGACUGUAUUCUUCAUUUUUUCACUUUAAAACGAUCUAUAACUCAACUGAUUGCAAGAAAUCUCUAAAAAAAGUGUUUUUGAAUCAAUUUUUUUCAAUUUUAUCUAUUCUUAGACGUCCCAUCAUCGUUUUACCCAUAUUUUUUCGUUCCUUGAAUUCUAUUUUUUUUGAAUUUCAAUUUUUGCUUAAACUCUCCUUUUUCUCAAUUUCUUGCUAACCAAUCAUACUUUCAUAAACCAUUUUUCAUUUUUAGAGCCCCAAUAUUUUCACUAAAAUCUAAAUUUUUGCUUUGAAUUUCCAUUUUUUGCACUAUAAAACAAUCCAUUAUUUAAUUUAAUAAGAUGGAAAACUGUAAAAAAGUGUAAAACAAUUGAAAAAACAAUUUUUUCAAUUUUAUUUAUUUCUAGUCGUUCCAACCUCGUUUUAUCCAUAUAAUUCCAUUCCUUACAGUUUAUUUUUCUCUUAUUUUCACUAAAAUGUUUUUUUUGUUUGAAACAUUCACUUUUGUACAGUAGUUCAAAUGUAACAUACAGUUUCAUACCACUAUUCCUUUACUUCUAAUCCUUCAUCGUUAUAUACUUACAACUUUUUGUCUUACCAUAGUCUUCACUCGAUUCAAUCUAUCUAAGAUACCAAAUUGUUAUUCCUAUUCAAAUUGUCAGUAGUUCAAAUGUAACAUACAGUUAUUUCGCACCACUAUCCCUUUUUUCCUUCUUUAUCCUUUGCUUCUAAUCCUUCACCUUUAUAUAAUUGAAAUUGUCAGUAGUUCAAAUGUAACAUACAGUUAUUUUGAACUACUUGAUAAUAACAAAGAAUUUUUAAGAAUACUAGGUAUUUAUAGCAAAAAUUGGUUUAUCGUGGUUGUUGAUUUUUGUUAAGAGAUUCGUUUUUUUAAUUGUUAAAUAAUUUUAAGACCAUUUCGUGUAAACCAUUCCUGUAAUUUUUGUGUCUGUGAUCGUUUAUUAAUUUAAGUUGUAAGUCAGUAGAUGAUAAUAUCAUCGAAAACAAUCGCUACAGACUUAAUUUUAUAGUGAGUUGUAAAUAAAUCGCAUUUUUUGUUAAAGUGUUAUUUAUAAAAAAACAAAAUAUGCUAUAUUUUUUUGUAAUUAGAUUACUUUUUACAAUGUAAUUAUUACUUUUUACAAUAUUUGUGACUUUUUUUUCAGAGUAUAGAUUGUAAGAAUAUUUCUUCUGUACUUAUAUUUUAAAAUCGAUUAUGCCAAAAGAAAAUGUAUCAUUAAAGUGUUAUAAGUAAAUAAAUUUGUACUUUUUU